UUGUCAGUAACUUCAAACUUGACUCAUAAUAAACUGAUAAACUAUUGAACUAUCUUAUGUUCUCUGUGCAGUUAGCAUAACGACAACGAUAUAGUUUGCAUCAGUUAACGCAAUAUUUUAUUGAAUUUCGAAUCCGUCCCAGUAUUUUUCGACGAUAAAUAAUGAUGCCCUUGAUCAGCGAUAAAUCCAUAGCAUCGUCCUUGGAGAAUAAGCCCACCGAAGAACCAAAAAAAUUAAAAGCUUGUUGUGCUUGUCCGGACACCAAAAGAGUCAGAGAUGCUUGUAUUAUGGAAAAUGGAGAAGAAAAAUGUGGGCAUCUAAUUGAAGCACAUAAGGAAUGCAUGAGAAAAAUGGGUUUUAAUAUUUAAAUAGUAAGCAUUCCUAAAGUCUGAUGUAAAUGUUUUUUUUUUGUACAAAUUUACAUUGUAGAUACAUUAAUUUUGUCUAGUCUAUUAAAUGUAUUAAUUUAAAAACCAAACACUAUUUAUUUUACAAGUGCUUGUUCAGAUAAUAAAUAAAUACAAUUAUGAAAACAAAUCAUAUUCUAUAAACUACAA